AUGGAGAAAGAUCACGUCGUUGAAGGCAGAGGAGAGAUUUUGUACAAGUCGUCGCCUUUUGAGGCAUUGCCGGAGGAAUGCAUCUCCCACAUAUACUCUUUAACAAGUCCACGGGACGCUUGCGUCGCCGUUUCCCUCUCAAAACUCUUCGGACCGGCGGUUGACUCCGAUAGCGUGUGGGAGAAGUUUCUUCUUCCGGGGCAUCAAUCUCUGAUUCCUAAAUCAAGAAUCUUCUCAUCAAAGAAGGAGCUAUACUUCGUUCUAUGCAACAAUCUUGUUUAUAUCCAAGAUGGUGGCAAGAGUGUAUGUUUAGAUAAAGAGAGUGGGAAGACAUGUGUCAUGUUAUCAGCGAAGCAAUUGGAGAUCACAUUUGAUAGUCAUUAUUUUUGGCAAUGGAUCUCAAUUCCUGAAUCUAGGUUUGAUCAAGUACCAGAGCUUCUUGUUGAAGUUCCAUUCAAGAUAAGCGGUGUGAUGAGUACUCAAACCCUAUCUCCCAAAACUUGUUACUCGGCUUAUAUUGUGUACAAGACAAGAGAUAGAUUUCACGGUUUGAAGCACAUUGGAGUUGGAUUUAUUGGACAAGGAACUCGUGUAACCAAAAGGUGGGAAAGAAAGAAUCUAACCAAACUGGAGGAGAGGGAAGAUGGGUGGAUGGAGACAGAGCUUGGGGAAUUCUUCACUGAAUUUGAUUGUGAGGAAAUUGUGUUGAGUAUUAUUGAGAUUGAUUAUGCCUAUUGGAAACGUGGUUUGAUCAUUCAAGGAAUUGAUAUCCGCCCUACGAAAAGCCCGUAA